AUGGCUUUCAACAAAACCCUAAUCCUCUUCGUGUCCAUCUCAUGCCUCCUCCUCCACACCCACGCGGCCGGCAUGCGCUCCCCCCAAGCCCGCGUUUGGACCAUAUGCAAACCCACGAGCGUUCCUCUCCUUUGCUACAAAACCAUUUUGCCCAAAGUCCAAUCCCUUCUCCGCUUCAACAUGUACAAAGCCCUCGAAGCCGAGGUCCUCUUGACGCAGCAACAGGCUCAGAAAGCCCUUUCUCUCAUAAACACAUUGCUCGCCAAACCUGGCAACCCCAAAGGCCUCACCGAUUCCCUCCAAAUAUGCCAAGACCAGUACGGCAACAUACUCGACGCUGUUGCCGAAACCAUCAAGCUCGUGGAAAAGCGCGAUGUGUCGGAAUCGCGUUUCAAGUUCAGCGCUGUGAUCUCUUAUUACUCUUCUUGUAACGACGAUUUCAAUAAUAUUCCUGCGGAGUUUGUCGCCGAGUCGAAGACGGUGUUCGAUCUUGGAAGUAACUGUUUGGACAUUAUGAAAGCCAUUGAUGAUAGAGAGAUGGCCCGUAGAGCCCGCACAAGCCCACAAGCUUAG